CGCCAUGUCUGAGAUGAACACAAACACGACUGGACAGAGUCCAGACAUGUUCUUUCUAAUUCUUUGGUCUUCUAAUGGCAUUGCUCAAGAGAUUAUGAAUUUUCCCGAGAGAGUCAUUGCUGGGCUUACUAAGCUUUAUCCACUCAACCUCUUCUUCACCAUCGCAACUUAGCAAAUCUUCAUAAACCCCAUCAUUCACCUUCGUCUUCUUCAUCAAGAUCAAUGGCAACGCCCAUCUCUUCUUCCCACACGACCGCUCUGACAAAGACCUACCAUCUUCCAGUUCCAGAGUUUCCUUCUACUCUCUCGUUGACACCAUUCCCUCUGUCAUUGAAACCCAACUCCCGUGCAGAGUUGCUCGCCAAAAACACGCCUUUGGUGGAUUUUCCACGAAGGAGGGCGUUGAAAUGGAGGACUGGGGUUUACUUCUUCGCUGGAUUUUCCACGAAGAAGAAGGACGCUGAGGACUUGAAGGAGGAGCUCUUUGAGGCCAUUAAGCUCCUUGAGCGCGGCGCUGAGGCCACUCCCGAAGAGCAGGAACGUGUCGAUCAGAUUGCACGUAAGCUCGAGGCAGUUAACAAAAUAAAGGAGCCCCUCAAGUCCGAGCUGCUUAACGGGAAAUGGGAACUCCUUUACACCACAUCUCAAUCAGUUCUACAGACAAAGAGACUGAAACUCUUAAGGCCUAAUGGUAAGAUCUACCAGGCGAUCAAUGUGGAUACCCUGAGGGCUCAAAAUAUGGAAACCUGGCCCUUCUUCAAUCAGGCAACGGCUAAUUUGGUGCCUCUAAAUGCAAAAAAAGUGGCUGUUAAAUUCGACUUUUUUAGAAUCUCCGGUCUGAUACCCAUAAAGAAUCCUGGAAGUGGUCGCGGCCAGCUGGAGAUCACAUACUUAGAUGAAGAGUUAAGAAUAUCAAGGGGUGACAGAGGGAACUUGUUCAUCUUGAAGAUGGCGGAUCCAUCAUACCGAGUUCCUCUGUGAGUUCGAUUGCCUCAGAAGCUGAUCCCUGUUGAACUUCCCUAUCCCUCCUUGAAGCUGAAACCUCGUUUUUGAGUCACACCAUUGUUGCAGGAGGCAAGGCAAUUAAAGGUUAUCAGAUGAAAUUCUGUACAGAAAGUCGACCGGUGGUACAAAAAUCAUGUGAACUUAUUCUGUAUAGGGUAUACCCAGAAGGAAACACGGUGCUCCGCAUAAAUUUGUAUUGUAUAUAUAAAAUAUAAAAGAUAUUUUCUUGAGUUAAAAUGAGUUCUUCGA